AUGGUGUUCAUUUGCAUGAUUUCCAUGACCACAGAUGUGGUUUACAGGCGAGAGCCACAGAAACCCAUGCAGGCCUGGCUUCGGAGGGACCCUCCAAAGGGCACACCUUCAUGGUCGGAGCGAUCGCGCAGCGCUCUUUUGAAAAUGAACAAGACCCUGCUUGCCCGGAUGGAGAUGCUGCGCAGUGCCGGCAACUUGUCGGAAUUGGGAAAAGUGGCAUUGUGCAAAAAGGGCGAGAACAAUUUUGCCGCUGAGAUCCGCAAAGCAGCUAUCGAGGAGAUAAAAGAUCGAAAAGAGAGGGAGGCAUUUGCUGCUGAUCUGGAGGCCAACCGUCGCAAGUUCACAAGGCAGUUGGGCAAACAGAUUAAGGAUGAGAUGAGAAAGGCAGAGGGGUCGUCUGGCCUGUUGCACGAUCACAUUCCACUGACCUGCAAUGCGGAUGACUUUCUUCGCAUGUGCGGUGUUCCCAAGGAACCGGGAGCAAACUUCAGGCAGAUGGAGGGUGUGGUCACACAUUCCGAUGGCACGUGCUGUGCGGGCCACACCCAUGCAUACCGCCGAAAUGGCCGCUCCGCCUGCCCUGGUGGCGGCACCUUGGAGAAGCCAAGGAGCACCACUUCCAAAGAGGGCCGUGUGGACAUCACAGACAAAGGAGGCUGGAGAGGCACGAAGUUAGAGGGAUGUGAUUCAAAGACGGUGCUGCUGCCAAGUGGAGACCUGCUUUGCCCCAGGUGGUGCAUAACCUACAAGGGUGGCAAGUCUGAUGGCCGGCAUGGGUGUUUUGGCCGCGUAGACCUGUUUGGCAUUCAGCCCACAGUGGUGACUCGUGCCGAGCCACACAACUUGCAGAUAGUGCAUCCCAACGAGGACAGGGUGUUGUCCAUCAGGGAGAUGGCUAGGUGCCAGGGCUUUCCAGACUAUUACACUCUUGUGGGCACUCACGGUUCCAACUCCAAGCUCAAGAGCCUGUCCCGGCCCGAAUACAUAGAGUCCAGAUACUGUCAGAUCGGAAAUGCAGUGGCGCCUCCAGUGGCUGCAGCCAUGGGUCGCUGUUUGACCCUUGCGGCAAGCGGAGAAGCUGACCCGAUGCGUCCUGUGGUGGCGGUGCCUGAUCAAGAGAUGGAAAAGGUACUACGGCAGGCAAUAGACAACGGACUUACCUUCUAUGCCACGGAGAUGGGAGAGGAAGGAGAGGCGAUGGAGCUGGGUGACAGUGCUGAAGAGGACAACGAUCUGGAGCAAGACGACCUGGACUGA